AUGAAAUUGAUUUACUUAAGGAAGCCUUCUUUUGUGACAGAUCCAUCGCGUCGCCAGGCGGGCGAUGUCUUCCAUGGGGACCCAUUCAAAAUUCAGUCGUACAACUUUCGCUAUGCCGACAAACCGUUUUAUCCGGCCCAGAAUUAUCAAAGGCCGACUGCGCCGCCCCUGGUGAAGAAGCCCUCCUUCCAGACCUUCUAUUAUAAUCCCAGGUUCAGCCACGAUCCCGAGUACAUUCCCGCCACAAGGCGGCCACCCACCAGUUCCUUCAGUGAGCACCGGAGACGUCAACCACUGCGGGACUCCAAGACUAUGCCCUCGGCACCUUUGGUGGCUCCGCCGGAGAGGCAGAGUGUGCCGGUGGCCCCGCAGACGAGACGAUCACCCACUGUCACGGAUUCCCCGCCCCUGAGGAGCUGCUGUCAAAGAGGGGAGUACCAGGCAAUGAGACGGGGUGGGAGCACCAUGACCCUGAAUACCAGUAGCAUAAAUGUCCAGCGAUCCACUGGGGGAGGGGUCCAACGUGCCUCAACCACCACCUUCUCCAGUGGUUCCAACACCCAGCUGCAGACGAAGAGAAGCGGCUGCGAGAUUAGCAUAAACAUCUGCAGUGUGGAUCCGCAAUCCGAGGUGGACAACAAUGUGAGCAUAAAGAUCGAGGCGGAUGCCUACCUGCUGAACAAUACGGACAAGGUGAAGUCCAAGUCGCAGCAGGAGCGGAGUUCUCCCAGAUCUUCUGGUACCUUUGGCAUCGACAAACGACUGUCCAAGUUCAAUGUGAGCGAGACUAGGCCAAGGACCAGCCCGGAAUGGGAUCUCCGGCAACGGGAGAAGGCCAGGGAAGCGGAGCGACAGAGAGAGCGGGAGCGAGACCGUCAGCUUCUGGAGGACCUAAGGUUGGAGCGGGAAAGAGAGCUCAAGGAGGAUCGGGAACGUGCCCGUCAGCGGGAGCGAGAUCGCGAGCAGCUCCGCCAGUUGGAGCGCAUGCGGGAUGAGGAGCGUCUUCUGGAGCUGGAGGUGGAACGCGAGAAUCAUCGUUUGCGGGAGCUGGAGCGCGAAACGCAGCGGCACAGGGAAUACAAUCGGUUUUGUGCCCUCCAGGAGGAAUCGCGUCGCCAACGGAUGGAGCAACUGCGUCUGGAGCCUGAUAAUUCCCGACCGCCGGUUCCAAUGACCUCGCAUUUGUACACUGUUACCUCCGACGACCGGUUACCCGGAAUGGCCUUCUGCGACUUAUCCUCCCGAAGACCUCAGCGUAUGCAGACCUCCAGGGAUCUGCCCAGGCCAAAGGAAAGACGCACAGCUCGGGCUAAUCAGGACGCAAGAACCGUACGAUCCGCAACUCGGUCGCUAACUCCCCCUCCUAUCUUUAAUCGGAAUUCCAGCUCCCGUUCCCCUACACCUCCCCGAGCUCCCACCUCCCGUUCCUCUACCCCAAACAGGAGUGAUAAUCUCUCCUCUAGCCGAAGUCCUACCCCAAUUCGUAGCCACCAGGGGAGCACCGCUCCCACCAUCCCAAGACGUCUGGAUCGCAGUAGUUCGGGCACUUCUAAUGGCAAUGUCCAUGUCACGGUGACCACCAGUGGAGGGCGGAGCAGCUGUAGCAUGAGGCACUCAUCCAAUGCCCGGGUGAAUGAGCCCAAGGAGCUCAAUAGAAGCCAUCCCUUCGUCACCACUCUGAACAACAUGCCCAUUAGGAUUACUACUUCAAGAACUGCGGAUAGGGAUCUAGCCUUCAGCCUGAACCAUGUGAGGAUGAGGGGAUCUUCACCAACGCCUAGAGAAAGGAGAAGCAGUUCAGAGGAACAGGAUGCCUGUCAGGUCAACAUCAACGUGUAUUCGGAGAAGCUGCGUUUGAUGCGUAUAUGA